AUGCUCGGUCUCACAGACUCGCCGAGCCAGCUCGCCAACUUGAACCUCGCUAGCCGGCGCGACCGCCGCGAGGGGACCAAGCCGUCGCCGAGCCCCCUCCGCCCGGUCCCCGAGUCGGAGGCCUUACCACCCCAGCUCCGCCCGCGUAUCCGCCAGAUGGUGGCCAGCAACGCCGCCCACUCGCUCAUGCCGCCCCCGGCCUCGCCGCGCGCCAAGCCCCGUCCCUCGGUCGCGGCCGUGGCGCAGCGCUCACAGGUCACCAACAUGAUCUCGGCGUGGAGCGCCAAGACGCCGGCGGGGGCUAGCCCAACGCCCACUGUCCCUCCCAUGCCGCCUAGCCCGUCGCCGUCGCGCUUGGCCGCGUGGCGUGAGGAGCGUGAGCCGGCCUCACCGCUGCCAGCUUCGUCGGUCACAUCGACCCCGGCGAGGAAGAAGACCGUGCCGGUGGUCCCUACCGAGACCUUUGCGACUGCAGCACCUGAAGCUGUGGUCGCGCGAGCCGCCCUCAAGCCCGUGAUGGCACGGGUUGGCGCCCCCGCCGCCCGACCAAACAGCACGUUCAACCCCCUCGAACCACCAAACGGCAUCACUCAACUUCAAGCUCGCGUGCCCGUGGUCAUCAGCAAGCGGACCGAGCUGCCCAGCAAGUCGGUGCCCCGCGAUACCUUGCCAGCCAAGACACCGCAGGUGCGCACUCGCCCGACCUCGGUGGCGAUACCAACCACGACUACCGUUUUUCCACCUCAAGUCUCCCCUGUUCGCCCAACGCGCACGACCACCCGCCCCGUUACCCCGGCCGACUCGCGCCCCGAGUCGCGUGCAAGCUCGCGCAGCACCGUGGCGGCAGCAAAGGCUAUGUUUGAGGCGCCAUCCCUUCCUCCUUCCCCGGCUCCCCCAACCACCCCACGCUCGCGUGUGGCGGAGCGGGUCGCAGCUUUCUCGCAGUCUCAGUCGCGUCCUGUGUCACCUACGCCUGCUCCCACCAAACAGCCCCUCUCUCCGACUCCCACCAGGGCGCGUCCUAAGAGUAUGAUUGAGCCGAAGGCUCCUGAGCAUACGGAGCAGCCCACUCGGCCCGCGCCUCAACUGGCGGAGAACCGUCGCGUCGUCAACACCCCCGAGAGGAACCAGCCCCGUCAGGUACUGAAGGUGGCACAGGACGUCAAGCCCGUGAACCCGCCUGAGCAGAAGAAUAAGACUGGGUGGAUCGAGUGGAAGCCCAGUGCCACGUACGAUGCCGACGCCCAGGGUGAGCGUCUGACACUCGACAAUGAAGACCGCGAGAUCGCCAUGCCCCCCACCACGCCGACAACGAGGGCUCGAGCCGACUCGCGCGGCAUCACAACUGUCAAUGUUGGUGUCCGCCCGCGCCUGCACCCAAGCCGGAAAGACCAGGUUCUUGCAAACAACCUCCCCGACACCAGCAUCCAGCUCGCCUCUCCACGCACGCCAUUGGCCAAGACCGAGACCGAGGGCGACGAGGAGAACGCACCUGGUGUUGUGGUGGACCCCCGCAUUGAAGCAGCCAAGGGCGACUACUCCAUCUGGGUGUCGGCCCACCCAGAGCGCGAAGAGGGUAUGGGGUCGUCCCGUAUGUGGGUUCCGCAAAGCCGUACCCUUGCGCGAGCGACGCAAGAGAUGGCCGAAGCAGCCAAGGAGGAGCUCAGGAUGACUCAGAACGAUGCCGACCGUGCUGUACGUGCCCUCGCCGAGACGUCGGCCGCAUCCGAGUAUCACACAGCCCAAGGCACCCCGCACGACCCUCGAUAUGCCCACAAUCCGUGGUACUACAACCAGGGCUACUACUACGACCCGGCGGCCUACCAGGAGCAGUACGGCGAGUACGACGAGUACUACAGCGGCGCCCAGGGAUACUACUACGACCCGUACUGGGGCUACCAGUACGCCCCCGCCGGGCCAGGCGCGAGGUGA